CCUCAAACUAUGGCUCCUCUCCUCUAAAUCAUGGUAUUCCAUUUUUUGAUUUGACUCCAACAACCAUUCAUAUACAGCUCAUUUUUGGCCAUCUUCAACCACUCUAUAUUCCAAUCUCCCCAGUUGUCCCUCAAUUUCUCACUUCCUAUAUAAAAUCCAUUUUCUUCGUUUUCAUUCCAAUCGCAACUUUUCAUCCAAUUAGCAUCAACCUAAUCUAGCUUGGUACCUAGCCAUGGCUACUUUUUAUUCUUCUUCCAAUAGUAUUAUUGUUUCAGCAAUAAUAUUGAAGCUUCUGGUUUCUCUUGUGGCAUUUUGCUGUUUUAUGCAUGGCUCCUCUGCUAACUUCUACCAAGACUUUGAUAUUACUUGGGGAGAUGGUCGCGCUAACAUACUUGAUAAUGGCGAUCUUCUUACUCUCUCCCUCGACAAAGCCUCCGGAUCCGGUUUCCAAUCCAAGAAUGAGUAUCUCUUUGGAAAGAUCCAUAUUCAGCUCAAGCUUGUCCCUGGUAACUCUGCUGGUACUGUAACUGCCUAUUAUUUUUCUUCACAAGGACCAGCCCACGAUGAGAUAGACUUUGAAUUCUUGGGUAAUGUAAGUGGGCAACCUUACAUUCUUCAUACUAAUGUGUUCAGCCAGGGAAAAGGUGAUAGAGAGCAGCAAUUUUAUCUCUGGUUCGAUCCCACUGCUGAUUUUCACACCUAUUCCAUCCUUUGGAAUCCUCAACGCAUUGUCUUUUCUGUGGAUGGUGUUGCCAUUAGAGAGUUCAAGAACUUGGAAUCAAUUGGAAUUCCAUUCCCGAAGAAUCAGCCAAUGAGGAUAUACUCUAGCCUUUGGAAUGCGGAUGAUUGGGCAACAAUGGGUGGACGGGUUAAGACAGACUGGACCCAAGCCCCUUUCAUAGCUUCUUAUAAGAAUUUCACAGCCAACGCUUGUGUUUGGUCUUCAGGAACAUCUCAAUGUGGUUCAAAUAAUUCUCCUUCUUCUUCUUCUGGUUCAGACAAUAAUAAUGAAUGGCUUUGGGAAGAGCUUGACUAUGCAAAUGCAGGGAGGAUGAAAUGGGUGCAAGAGACCUUCAUGAUCUACAACUACUGCACUGAUUAUAAACGAUUCCCUCAAGGCUUCCCUCCUGAAUGCUCGGCCACCAAUUAGUAUGUCCAAUCUAUACAUAUACAUAUAUAUAUAUAUAUAGAGAUUGGACAACCACACACAUUUUCCGAUUCAUUAUUUAUAUAUAUACAUUUGUUUGCUGGAUUGGCUUGCAUUAUAUAUUUCAAUUCUUUUGUAUUUUAUUGUUUUGUGUCCCUAAUAAAGUACCAAAUAUUUUAUAUAUAAAAAAAAUGUACCAAAUAUGUUCUUGGAGUGUAAUACUUUAUAUAUGGAGUGUAGAGUGCUUAUUUGCCGAGGUUAAUUAUAAUGCAAUAAUGAAGACCUAGUAUUGGUUUCUUUUUUAAUA